AUGAUCUUCAGCACUGCUCUUUGUGGCCUUCUCCUUCUUCUUAACGCACACUUCUUCAACGCCUAUCCUGUCUCCAGUGACUCACUGACCCGUGAUGACUUGGACGUCUUAAAGACACUUCUUCUACGACUUGAGGCAACCCUUCCGGAACCUAAGGAAACGGCACCGUUCCUGGCCGAGAAGGCUGGGGACGUGGAUGCCGAGGACAGCUACGACCAACCGCAAGCAAGACAAAACCAAGCCCAAGUGGAACAGUUCCUGUCAGCUCGGGACUUGAAGGCUGUUCGGAGCGGGUCGACAUCAAGAUCUUCGGGGUGCUUCGGGAGGAGACUGGAUAGGAUCGGCUCCAUGAGCUCCCUGGGGUGCAACACUGUUGGUAGAAAUAGUAAGUCGAUAUUUUUGGAUGGAUUCAUAGCUGGGGCCUAA